AAGCGAGGAUCAUGUGACUUCGAGAAUUGAAUAUAUUGAAUCAUCAUCUCAAGCAUACAUUCCUCCUGGCCUGAAAGCAAUAUCAGAUAAAAAGAUGAGUACAUUAGACACUUCUCAAGCAAGA